CUUUCUUUCCCCUGUCUUUCUUUCUUUGUCUCUAAAGCAGUCAAACGUGCCUUGUUCUCCCUCCCUUCUUGCCCACCUUCUUCCAAAGCAGACCCGAAAUAUAAAAGCAUCUCAAUCAUUGACCUUCUUUCUCCCUAACUACUUCAGAGCAGAAAAGCCCAUUUCCCUUCACCAAAAAAUCCCCACCAAAAUCCCAUUUCUUUUCCUUCUAUCUGGGCGAUGCAACGAAGCGGCAUGGGUCGCAAGUACGAGCUAAAGGAGGAGGUUAGGAGAGGCCAUUUUGGUUACACCUGCUCAACCAAGUUCAAGAAAGGGGAACUCAAAGGACAACAAGUUGCUGUUAAGGUUAUACCCAAAGCGAAGUAUAGAGAUGAGAUCUACUAGUAAACCUUUACUUUGUCAAUCCUGUACUAUGAUCAGUUUGCUUGAUUGCAUUUAUUAAUAUGCAAGAAUGGAUUGUGUAUUGAAUUAUUGGUGGUGAAAUUUUUUGAAUUGGGGACCUUGGAUUGGAGAUGUAGUUGUAGUAUGUGUUGAUUUGCCUUUUUUUCUCAAGAUAAAAAUUGAUCUUUCUUUUUAAUCUUUUGGGGGAGGGGGAAUUGUGCCAUUCCAUUGUCUUCCUUUUUAUUUUCCAAUGAUUUUUUUUUCUUUUUAAGAAAUUAAAGUAUCCUUG